GCCAACCUCAGACAACCAACCUCUCCGCUCACCCACCCCACCACGUCAAACUGGCCGCGAUCGCCGCCGCUCCUCCCAAUCCCAAUCACAAGACAUCAAACUCGAGCACCGCCCACAACUAUCCCCCUCCGCCAACACAGACGACAAACCCGGCACAGCCUACCCCGCCCGACACACCUCGACCCUCUCCAUAAACGGCAACCCGGUACACCCGACCACGGGCAAGCCUAUAUUAUCCACCGACCUUGACGCCGACUUUCCCACAGAAAGUUCAAAACCCUGGCGGAAACCCGGCGCCGAUAUCACAGAUUACUUCAACUACGGCUUCGACGAGUUCACAUGGGCGAGCUACUGCUUGAAGCAGAGGGAUAUGCCGAAGGAAGUAGCGGGUAUUCAACGCGAGGCAGAGCAACUCAAAUCUUUCGUGGAGGGGAUCCCAGGUGGUGGGGGGCCGCCGGGUAUGCCGGGGAUGCCGGGCGUGCCGACAGGACCGGGCGGAGCCAACGGUGUAGCAGGUGGAAUGCCCGGGAUGCCGAGCGAGGCGGAGAUGCAGGCUAUGUUUCAGAGCAUGAUGGCGCAAG